AUGCUGACUUUUAUCCAGCUGAUAAUUUCACUUUACUGGACCAGCAUUAGCUCUACUGAUGCAGAGAAACUUUUCCACAAUCGGGAUCAUUCUGAUAUGCAAACCCUUACCUCUCACAAAGCUGAGGUUAUAACAGACAAAUAUGGAUUCUUGAAGCCAGUGAACUGGGAGGAGAUUCAGUUUGAAGAUUCACACCCAAAUUUAAAUGAGGACUUCAUGGAUGAACUUCAAGUCACGAUCCAGGAGGGGACCUCAGUGCCGCACUCAAGGGAUGUGUCUCCAGAUGGUGAUCAAGAUUACCACAAAAGACCAACUGAGAGUGAAGCGUUUAUGUCAGCACUCAAAGAGUUUCAGAAGGUCUCGGGCCUGCCUGUCACAGGUGUGUUUGAUGAGGCCACCAAGGUGGCAAUGAACAAACCAAGGUGUGGGGUCCCUGAUAAGGAGACUGACCUAAAUGCUCCUGUAGCAGCUGUGAACAGUAGUGCCUCAGAUAUUGAAAACAGUCCUGGGGACACUUUCAAUGAGACUGACAGUAACAACACAGCAAGUAAUUUAAUUAGUGACACUUCUUUUGGUUCUGCAACCUCCUCUGAAGAUGACACAUUCAGUUUUAAUGACACAGAAAGUGUCCUCACAGGCAUUUCCAAUGACACCAGCACGAAUUACACAGAAGAAUUUAACCUGUCUGAUGACACCUCUCUAAACAGCUCACAUAUCGCAUACGAUCGGAUGGUAAAUAUAAGUGUGAACAUGCGUCAGAGCGAAGCAGUGCAACGCAGGAAACGUCAUCUUGCCACUCUUGUAUCCAAAAGCAGGCACAAGAGAGAUUUGAGUGAGACUGGUUACAUGGCCUUUUCCAAGACAGUGCUGAAAUGGAGGCUUAUAGGAGAAGGCUACAGCAGUCAGCUGUCUAUUGAAGAGCAGAGGUACAUCUUCAGACUGGCCUUCAGGAUGUGGAGUGAGGUGUCUCCGCUGGAGUUUGUAGAGGACACACGUUCCCCACUGGAGGAUGUUGAUAUCAGGCUGGGCUUUGGUACAGGAAGGCAUCUUGGAUGUAAUCAGAGGUUUGAUGGCACUGGUCAAGAAUUUGCCCACGCCUGGUUCCUGGGUGAUAUACACUUUGAUGAUGAUGAACAUUUCACUGCUCCCAAUGCUGGCAGUGGGAUCAGCCUUCUCAAAGUGGCAGUUCAUGAGAUCGGCCAUGUCUUAGGUCUCCCCCACAUAUACAGAUCUGGAUCUAUAAUGCAGCCCAGCUAUCUGCCACAUGAGUCUGGCUUUGAGAUGGACUGGAUGGACAGGAAAGCAAUACAGCACCUCUAUGGGGGCUGUAAGGGCCGCUUCAACACAGUGUUUGAUUGGAUCAGAAAGGAAAAGACACCCUAUGGGGAAGUGGUCAUCCGCUUUAACACCUACUUCAUGAGAGACGACUGGUAUUGGCUGUAUGAGAACAGGUAUAACCGAACACGUUAUGGUGAUCCAGUUGCACUGCAGAUCGGUUGGCGUGGAAUUCCCGCAGACGGAGUGGAUGCAUUUGUGCAUGUGUGGUCCAGAAGAAGAGAUGCAGUUUACUUCUUUAAAGGUGCUCGGUUCUGGAGGUAUGACAGUGAGAAUGACAAGGUAUUCAGACAGGACCCAGAAGGUCACCGCUAUCCAAGGUUAAUCUCUGAAGGUUUCCCUGGGGUGUCCAGUCCCAUUGACACGGCCUUUUAUGACAGGAGGGACUCUCACAUCUACUUCUUCAAAAACACACUUGUGUAUGCAUUCGACGUUGAAGCCAACAGCUUGGCGAGAGGCUUCCCCAAAAACAUCAGAGACGUUUUCCCUCCAGUGGUGAGCGGAGACCAUCCAGAUGGCAACAUUGAUGCUGCCUACUUCUCCUACACGCACAAUGCCAUCUUUCUACUCAAGGGCACUCGCUUCUGGCAGGUGGUGGGCAGCCGUGAUCGCUGGCGCCGGCCCUUUCUGCCACGAAAUGGUCUGCUACCACACAAGGAGGUAAAUCAGCACUGGUUCGACAUCUGCAAUGUUCAUCCCACUGCACUCAAACUAACUCACUAA